AUGGCCAACAACCGAUGGGUGGACCCUUCUGACGAUUUUCUCGAGCAAAUCCUACGGUUUCCGACGUACGGAGUAGCCGAUAAUAACUUGGUGGGAAAUGAUGCGGCUAGCUUAGCAGGAGCUCCGACUUCGAUGAUGCUCCAGCUCGGCUUGGUUGACGGUUCGAAAUCAGGCACGGAGAACACCACCACCGUCGAUCUGUGCAGAGCCGUACCCAGCCAUCGUCCGUACCUGAGAGUGUUCGUCGGUGGCGAUCUCAGACGGGCAAUGAACANGACGGUUCGAAAUCAGGCACGGAGAACACCUCCACCGUCGAUCUGUGCAGAGCCGUACCCAGCCAUCGUCCGGACCUGA